ACUACCGCUCCUUGCUCCGUAUUCCAAUAUCCCCUCUAUAUAUCUAUAUGCCGCGCGACGUCGAGUCGGAGAAAGCCACCAUCGAGGGCCUGCCGCCGCUCUCAAAGGACGGUGACAGCCACGUUGCCACCUCCAGCUCCCCCGAAGCGGAACCUAUGCCGCUGUACCGUAUCCCCACCACCUUUCUCGACGAACGCUUCCGGAAAAUGGCCCCUCUCCAUCCCUAUGUGCUGCUUCUCAACCAGGACGACCUGGACGACUGCGACUGGCUGGAGCACGUCGCCUUUGACCCCAACGAGGCCGCGUCGCGCGAGAAGGUCGAAUAUCGCCUCCACACCAGUGGCGAACUAUGUAGCGGCAUCUUCUCUUCCGCUUAUCCCACGUCGCCGGAAAAGCUGGGGGAACUGGUCCGCAGUCGAGACUUUUCGCAAAUAGAUGCUACUGAUUCCAAUCGUAGACGCGUCCUGCUGGGCCACAUAAUAGCAACCAAACACUUCGCCCCCUUGGUCACCGAUUCGUCCAUGGACUAUCCCAAGGACUGGCGCACCAACUACGAGCUCGCGCCGUCUUCAGGCACGGGCCAUCACGAAGAUGGUCAAACGGUUUGCCUUCACUCCCUCUGUGUCCAUCCUGAUUUCCAGGAUUUAGGCUUGGGCCGUGUACUGCUGAACAGCUGGACCCAGAGGAUCAAGGAAUCCCGAACCGCCAAGAGGAUCGCGCUGAUUUGCAGAGAAAGAUACAUUUCAUUCUAUGAGCGUGCAGGCUUCCGUGAGGUCGGCGAAAGCAAAUGUCAAUAUGGUGGGGGAGGCUGGUAUGACAUGGUGAUGGAGUUCAGCGAGACUGGCUUCGAAAACGAUGUGGAGGAAUGAGAACGCUGCCUAUCUGCAUUUUUGAAGAUUCUCCUAUCUAGGAUGGCCGAAUCUGCUUGUCUCCUGGACUUCGUGGGGCAACUCUAGCCCAACGUCCCGCCUAAUUGGCCAUCUCGUUCACCACGUGCACCUUCAAGAUCGACAGAAUAGGGAUUACAACCAACCCUGGUUGCGUUCCUUGACAUUGAGUAGAACUCUCCCGCCUCACAUCACCGACAGCGUGGAUAUUUGGGCUUCGUUCUUGAUGCACAUGGUAUAUGGGGGAAGGCGCGAUUGGCGAUACGUAUACCGCCUUCCGCACGUCUCCAUCAUGAUAAUUGCCGCCCAGAGCUACAUCGGGUCGGAUAUUGUGGUGGUACUACUUGCAGUUCUGGCGCCUGGUUCCGCUUUCGACUCUCUUGAACUUUCGCCAGCUAGUGACACUCGUGUAAACUUCGCUAAGAUGAAGCUUGGAAC